AACGAAUUGAUCUAAUUCCCCUCUCUGCCCACCAAGCAUAUCGAGUAAAGAUCUUUCGAGCCCGCACUGUCUGCUGAUACGACUCGAGAUGCCUCCCAAAGGAGCGGCAACGAAAUUGCAGCCGAUGCGCCUGCCACCUCUACCCAAACUCCGAGUACGACGACCAAAUCAAGCAGAUGCGAAUCCGUGUUUGGCACUCAUGAGUUCUGUUCUCACAUGCUGGGCAUCGGCAGGAUACAAUGUAGCUGGCUGUCAAGCGCUAGAAACUCAACUACGAACUUGUAUGGACAUGCCGAGACCGAAAAAUCAAAAGAAGAACACUAUCAACUACCACUUAUCACGCAUGUACCCGAAUAUUGUUGGACCGCGGAAGAGGAAGUGAAGCGGAUGCAGAUGUAUGAAAAUAUUGUAAUGGGACACAAUUCCAUGAUUUCGAAGGCGUAAGGGAUCAAUCCUUGUACAACACAGCAUCGCGUGGUGCGAUAUAUGGGAGCAUAUGUGGGCGUACAGGAAGCAAAUCCCAAGACUCGAGCCAUUCCAUUAGAUUUCUGUACAACUGAAAUAAAUGUCUUGGUAGAGAUGCAUUGCAGAAUUGGGCGUAUCACAGGUUCACAUAGAAGGCAAGGAAUCGAUUCAGUACUUGGAAGCUACCUUGCAUUGUUGCUGCUAUCAGGAAAGCUAUCUUGUGUCGCUCGUAAACCAUG